GCGCCCGCCCAGAAUAGACGCAGCACGUGCGUCGGUCGCGAUACACGCCGCCCGCGCUCGCUCGCCCGGCGCAGCGCUCGCUCCAAUCGGCACUACGCUAAAACAAAAACUAUUCGCAGUCAGUUUUCCGAACGCAAACCGAUCCAAAGUUUCAGCUCGGCGUGAAUCAAUGUGAAUCGCCGUGUCGCCGGUGGCACGCUCCUCCAAAACUAGAUCUAAACUAUUAAUAACUCGUUAGUCGUUACGGUGAAAGUAUUUAGUGACUGAAGUCUGAAUGUUUAUUGUGCUUCUCUAUCGUAGUGGCCUUGCACGUUAUCUCUCAUCGGUGAAAGCUUUAUGUUACGUUUCGGUCCACUUGUAUGUUGUCAAUAGUGUAGUGCGAUAGCGUUAUCGGUGAUAUGUUCUUUGUGAUGAUUGGUAAUUAGCCUUAUUCGAGUAACCAAACACAGUAACAAUGUGCCUUAUCCUCGUGUAAUAUUGGUGGGUUCCGUGACGUCCCGCCGUAAGUCGUAACUGGUAACAGUGGUAGCGCGCGAGUAGUCGGCGUGAGCGCGUGACUCAUCGGCGGGGACAUGCGAUGGUUCAAGUUUGCUUUGCUCUUGGCACUGGUAUUUGUCCCAGAGCCGGCUCCCGCUUGGAGAGCUGAUAUUGUAAAGACAUGGGCACGCACACUUGGCGACGAAUUAUGGAGACUAAGCGAAGCUCUCACCAAAUCGGAUCAAAUCAGAAACAAAUACAAACAAAUGAAUGCUAGCGUGAAGAAAAAGGAUGGAAAACAAAUAUUGGAAUCGUCGCUACGUUCUGUCAGCACGAUGCUCACCAGAAAAAUCAAUGCAGUCAAGUGCAUUCAUGCCACGGCGGAAGACUUGGCGAAGAAUUUUAAUUACAUAGCGAAUACAAGUAAAAAAAAUGACUUUGAGUACUGUUCAGCUAAAUAUUCAAACUUUACCUACGAGCAUGCUGAAGAUGUACCAGAACCAGGGGAAAUUCCUAAAUUUGCAAAAAACAAUAUCAACUAUUCUAACGUAUCGCUAGAGAAGGAUUCACAUUUUUAUAAUAUAAACGUAAACACAAACAUCAGCUGCGUGCACGUGCCAACAAAUAUUUUUUAUAAAGAGAGUGAUGUUCUUAAUGCUAUUUUAUGGUCGAAAGAACUUAAUGAGAUUUAUAAAAAGAACUAUCAAUCGGAUCCGUCCUUGGCGUGGCAGUAUUUUGGCAGUUCCUCUGGAAUGUUACGUUUCUACCCCGGCAUGCCAUGGACACACAAGGAAGUAGACACCUAUGACUGCAGAGUGAAGUCGUGGUACAUUGAGGCCGCCACUUGCUCCAAGGAAGUGAUCGUCCUAUUUGACGUGUCGGGCUCGAUGACUGGCUUCAAGAACUAUGUGGCAAGGAGGACUCUGCGUUCACUCCUGGACACGCUCUCCAACAACGAUUACGUUAAUGUGUUCACGUUUAAAAACGAUGUCAAAGAAGUGGUGGCAUGUUUCCAAAAUUUAGUGCAAGCUACUCCUGAAAACGUUAAUACUAUUAAUAACGCCCUGACCCCUUACGCGGAUGGAACAGCAAGAGUGAAACUAGAGGGUAAUGCAAAUUUGACGGCGGCGUAUAUUAAAGCCUUUAAUACACUUCGAGAGAGACGAAAGGAUUGUGACGUCAGCAGCACACAAGGUUGCAACCAGCUCGUCAUGGUGAUUACAGAUUAUGUUCCUGGUAACUUGACUGAAGUUUUCGAGAAAUAUAACAGAGAAGUGAUUGACGGCAAGACGUAUAUACCCGUCAGAGUGUUCACUUACCUAAUUGGCAAAGAGGUGACCAAUGUGAAUGAAAUAAGGUGGAUGGCGUGUCUGAACAGAGGUUAUUUCGUCCACAUACAUUCGGUGGAGGAGGUGCAGCAGCAAGUGUUGAAGUACAUCAAUGUGAUCGCUCGACCAAUGAUUCUAGAAGGAAAGGAUCCUCCGCCCACGUGGACUCAUGCAAACAUUGAUUAUACAAGAACGACUCAUUGGGAUGUCAGCCCGGAUAAAGACAAGCCUGAUGAAGAUAAAUUAGUGACGUCAGUAGCCAUCCCUGCUUUUGACUACGGAAGCAAUCAGAAACAAAAUGACGUCAUACUUCUAGGUGUAGCCGGAACAGAUGUCCCUAUAGACAGUAUUGCAAAACUAGCCCAACCGCACCAGCUCGGCGUUAAUGGUUAUUCGUUUAUCGUGAGCAACAAUGGGUACCUAUUAUUACAUCCUUUACUCAUAACAACGAUAAAUGGUGUGAUGCAAGACAAUUACAACAGUGUAGACUUCGUGGAAGUAGAACAAGUUGAUGACGGCAAAGGGUCACGAGAGCUGGGCGAGCAGAUCCAAGAACUGCGUCGGAGUUUAGUUAUGGGAAUAGACGGGAAUAUGACUAAAAUCAAAGUGCUGUACCAUUACGACAACAUGAGGAGAAUAUCGCGAGUGCAGCACGAUUAUUUCUUCAAACAAUUAGUAGGCACACCUUUUUCUAUGGGCAUCUCAUUACCGAGGCGUUAUGGAGACACAGAGUUGUUACUAAAAGACAACCCUCUUGAAGCAAAACAAGGGAAAGAACUAACUGGAAUUAAUGUAACCGAUUAUUUUAGGUUCAGUUAUAGAAUCCAUCCAGAUUGGGUGUAUUGCAAAUAUCACUAUUUAGAAGGUCAUGAGUCGGACACUCCAGAAAUUGAGUUAUGGAAGUUUUUAGUUCGUCUGUCCCAUAGUGAUUUGAAUAUUACUAUUAAACAAUACAUGGACGAAGCUGUAUCAACAUGGACUAAGCAAACACACUGUGGUAAUGCUAGAAGAGAACUUGGGAAAGACGAUUACUAUUGCACCGAAGACCUAGUAAAGCAGUUGGUAUUUGAUGCAAAACUUUCCACGCCAUAUUUCGAAAAAUGGGACGCCACUGACGAAGAAUGGGAACUAGCUAAGAAAUAUAAUGUCACUGUGCGGUUUAUAGCCACUUCUAGUGGUCUUACACGAUGGCAUUAUAUAUUUGAUCCUACUAAAAAUGAACGCGUCAACGAUACUGGCUACAGGCAUAAGGAUUACCCUGGGAAGGUAUUUGGGGACAUUUAUUACAAUGCUAUAGAAGAAACUUGGUACAAAGCUGCAGUCCUGCAACAUAUGAUUACCCCGGAGUCUCUGGUAAUCGCAACUCCGUUACCAAUAUUAGAUGAUAUAAUUGAAAAAAAGCCGCCAAUUGAAAAUGAAGAUGGCGAUAUUACUAUAACAGCAAGCUAUGCUAUCUUUUACAAAGAUAAUGAAUUCGAAACCCCUGCUUCAGUCGUGGGUUUUGAGUAUUCUUAUUUACAGUUUUACGAGAGGUUUAUGGAAAUUACCAACGCCAGUUGGAGUGGAACAAAGGAAUUAUCGUGUCAUGGAGAUGAUUACGACUGCUACGUCAUAGACAGCUCCGGUUACGUAGUAUUAUCUAGAAACAAAGACCAAGUGGGGAGUUUCUUCGGUACUAUUAACAAACACGUCUUUCAGACCUUUUUAGAUAAAAACAUAUUCGAUCACGUGGAAGUGUUCAACUAUCAGGCGUUAUGUCCACAUUCGAUAGUGCCGGAGGGAGAAAGCUGUUCAUGGACUUUAAACACGCCGUUUACCAUACUGGGCAGCUUAUUAAAGUGGCUUUUGACACAGAUGUUGUUAUUUGCCUCAAAUUUGUACGGAUUGGACCGAUAUUCUUACGCAGUACCAGUGGAAGAUGACUAUAUCGAUAGUAUAUACAACGAAGGACCCACAGGGGAGCCCUCCACGCUGCCACCACCGAUGGAAAACAAAACUAUUCCAGCUAAAGAAGACAACGAGGGACCGCCGUUUUCAUGCGACCAUAGCAUCAGAUUAUUCAUUUUGGACCAAAAUUAUUUCUUGUCGACAACGGGGGCACAACCCAUGGAUUAUGAAGACGAACCUGGUGAAUGCCAUCCACCAUACUGGGCGGCGUAUGUCCCCAACACAAAUUUGCUAUUAGUAGUAGUUAAAAAUGAAGAUAGGGAAUAUAGUUAUAACUGCAAGGAACCGCCUAAUACUAAACCUCGACCGACGAUCAAUUCUACAACCAGUUUCGAGCCAUGUCAUAAGCUGGACCUCGGCGGGCUCAUUCGACGCCCACUGGAAGGCUGUUAUACUUAUCAUGAUAAGGAAAGAAACAUAACAGCAUGCGGAUUAGGCAGCGUGAUCCGCACCGACCUGGCCUUACUCCUGAUGACAGCAUCCGCGGCGCUCUUGAUGGGAGCGUUCUCAUAACACCCUGAAGUGAUCUAUAACGUUUGUACCUUUGUUACCUUGGCAAUAAAUGCGUUGCACCCUU